UUCACAAUUGACAAAUAAUUUUGAAUGCGUCUGCGAAUCUCAAUGUUCCAGUCGUACUUUAAUUCGGUCUUUUUUGUCAGACGUAUUUUCUGUUAACUAUCAAACUCUCCGUGUCUAAAUGUUAUCCACACUUGUUUUCUAAAGGAAUUUAUCAUCGGCUACAAAAAAUGUUGUCAGGAGACUGAGCUGACUCUGUGCGACAAAGAAAAUAGUUUCAUUGCUCGUGACAGACGAAAGAACAAUGAAUAGCUUACUGAUUUGUGAAAGUUGCGGAGAGUUUGCGGAAAUCAUGCUAGAACUGUCUUGCGGACAUUUCAUUUGUGGUCAAACAGAUGAUGAAAACCUCAAAUCGAGUGACAGCCAACUCUUGGAAACCCUGGAAAGCAAGAGAUGCCCCAAACACAAAGAUUGCCAAAAGAAAAUAGAGAAUCUGCGAAAGAUAUAUGUCCAAGAUGGAGCUUUCAUUUUGGUGGACGAUUUUUCAAAUCAGGCUAUGAGUGUUGAUGACUUCAUAUCGGCGUUUGUGCUGGACUGGGAUGAUUCCAAGUUCCAUCGCGAAAAAGGUUUGCUGCAUGUGUUACGUCUGAGGACGUCAGACUUUGAUAGCCGAGGUGAUUUUGAGUUCCCAUUAGCGAAAGGUGACAGGCAAGUGCGAGGAGGGUUGGUUUAUCAUCAGCCAAAUUCAAAUUGGAUAAGAGUAGGGCUUCAUGUCAGGGGCCGAUAUGAUGGAGGGAACGAAGAUUGGAUCAUGAUGAACGGAAAUGCAAAUGAGUGGGCGGUGGGGUUUCAUGGAAGCAGUGAAGAUGGCACGCGCUCUAUUUCACAGACCAGACAAUUCAAAGUUACUGGAAGUGGACAAGCAUACAGUACUUACACCGACAUUAAUCACUUAAGCGAUAUGAAAGGUGAGUCUUGCGGUGGAGGUGCUUAUUUUGGAGCGAAAAUAGAAAGAAGUGAGCCUUACGCAACCUACGAACCAGAAGGUCACAAAAUAGUUAUUCAG